CGAUGUAUUCUGGGCGCACGUAAUAGUCUGGUUCCGAAUUGAACUUCGCAUCUUCGUCGCAUUCAUAACGUAGUCUGUGUGGUCUGGAACUAGAUUUAAUAACUUGAUUGGAAAAUUCAUGCAAUACAAGGCCGGCCAUGUAGUCUUCGGUGUGCAAAUCAAUCGUUGCCGAUUGCUGAUGUUGAAAACAAAGGUAAAAAGAGGCGAAUCUAUAUUUAUAUCGACAACUUGUGAACAGAAAUUUAACCAGACAUCGUCACUUCAGUACUGCACCUCACAUCUCCUCUUGUUUACUUAUUUAUUACGUGGUAGUGUACUGGACACUCUAUUAGUAAAUAGUACAUGACAUAUUAAUAUGAGUGUAACUCAGACAAUGUCACUGUCAGACAGAGACAGUUCAGGUUGCUAACAUUAUUUAGAUUAGGCAUUUUUGGGGGGCUACUACUACUAAACUACUGUACAAGUACAAGUAAAAUCUACAUCCUGGCAAAUUAACAGCUUUUGGCCCUCGGUGCAAUAUGCAGUAAAUCAGUUACAGCUCAGUGUUAAUCUCAAACCUGCACAGUGUCGGGCAUUAUGGGAACUGUUCAAUGGACAUGAUGUGUUUGUCAUUCUUCCCACAGGCAAAAGCCUUAUUUAUCAGCUAGCUGUUUAUAUGCUUGGACAUAAACUAAACAUAAAAAAUCCAAAACUUCUGGUAGUCACUCCUCUGAAUGCCAUAGUUCAAGAUCAAGCCUCAAAACUUUCUAGCAUUGGGGUCCAAGUUGGUAUUCUUCGUGGUCAUAUGACUGGGUCUUGUCCUGAUCAUCAAAGUGAUGAAGAAGAAGAAGAAGAGACAAACCGCAUUUCAUCUACAGAUGUUUGUAUUGCUGGGAGCACCGAGGAGCAACUACGCAAAGCAAAUAUUGUCUAUGCCCAUCCUGAAGCAGUUGUGUCAUCUCGUCCCUAUUUACUGUCUGAUGCAAUCCAAAAUACCGUGGUUGCUACGGUGGUAGAUGAAGCACAUUGCAUAGUAGAAUGGGGUCUGGAUUUUAGACAGGACUUUGCAAAGUUAGCCAUUUUAGCUAGCCUAUUUCCACAUACUCCAACAGCUGCAAUGACGGCAACCGCUCCCCAAGAUUACAGAGAAGCCAUAAUUAAAUCACUUUGCUUGAAGAAGCCAGUAAUUAUUAGCAGGAACCCCGACAGAGAAAACAUCAUGUAUGCCGUAAAGAGUCGAUUGCCCUCUACCCAUGGUGUUCAAAGUUACUACGACAUACUCUAUCCAAUAGCCAUCAAGUUGCUUGAAGAACGCAUCUGUUAUCCAUCCACUAUCAUUUACAUGAAACUAAAGUACUGCGGCUAUGCACACAGGCUAUUUGAAAAUGUACUUGGAGUUCAUCAGUACUAUCCAGAAACAUGUGCUGGUCCAGAUCACAGAUUGUUCGGUCAGUAUCAUGCGCCCCAAACUGAAGAAAUGAAACAAGUUCUGCUCAAGCAACUGUCAUCACAUCAGAACACAUGCAGGGUUGUGUUUGUAACAUGUGCAGUAGGGAUGGGUGUAGAUGCCCCAAGUAUUCGCCAUGUUGUACACAUUGGAGUGCCACAUACAAUGAGAGCUUACUUUCAAGAGACAGGACGUGCAGGACGUGAUGGUUGUCCAGCCACAGCCACUAUGUACUUCAACGGUUCAGAUAUAGCAAAGAACAAGGCAGGCAUGCAACAAAUUAUGCGGGAAUUAUGCCGAGGAGAUAAAUGCAGGAGAGCAACUAUUCUUCAACAUUUCGGGUACAAGCCAAGUGUCACACAGAGAAGUGUCCAUGCCUUGAAUGUGAUAUGGAAUUAUGUCUCAACCUCCUAUAUGAUGAUGGCGACUCACAGUAGGAUUUGCAUGAAAUGUUGUAUUGCACAAUCUUUCUGUACAUGGAAAGUAAAUCAACAUCCGUCAUGAUCGACCCACACUAGCAAAAACUUGUCUUGUAUCAUCUCUUUAUUGUCCACCUUCAAAAACCAAUCCCCAAAAAUAAAACAAAGUACACGUAAAAAGAUAAGCUCCCAAUUAUGCAAUUGCAAGGAACACAAUGAUUAUUACAUGAUGCCAAUCAAUGUGUUUCUAGUCACACUGAAAAAAAAAAAAUACAUUUGGCGUUAAUGGUGUAAAAAGUCAAAUUGAUUAUUUUUAUUUGCUCUUAUAAAUGUUUUGUCUUACAAGAACUCUGUUGUGGGAUGAUGGUCAUGAAAGGUUUUUUCCUUUCUUUUUCAAAUGUUCAAAUGUUUUCGUAACAUUAACAUCUGUGUUUGUUGCAAUGUUUGUAGGCUUUGCUACACAAAGGCAUUGCCCGACCAAAACAACUCUUAUUUGCAAAAAAAAUCUAUCUUGUGUAUUUUAAUUAAUAAGAAAAAAAUUGGACAGGUUACUGGCACACUUGUGUUUUUUGGUUUGCCUUUACAAUAAACCUUCUUGGAUACAUUUGA